CAUUCUCCAUUUCCCAUUUCCCAUUUCCCAUUUCCCAUUUCAAGCCCUUCCCCUUUGUCGGCCCCAGUCCUUUCUUUAGUUAUCUCCCGUGAUCUCGUCAUCUUUAGCCCUUUUCCCAUUUCUCUUCCUCUUCUUCCUCUUCUUCUUCUUCUUCUUUCGUUCCUCUUCCAAACCACCACACUCGCUCUAUCUGUAAUUUGUUGUGCAUUAGCAUCCCACCCACUACAUUCGUUACAAACCAACUUUUUCCCCCCCCUGAAUAUGAAGCUCGCCGCCACGAUUGCCGCGGCGGCCCUGCUGGACCUGGCCGUCGCUACGGCCCCGGCCAUCGUCAUCAAGGGCUCCAAGUUCUUCUACGAGAACAACGGCACCCAGUUUUACAUCCGUGGUGUUGCCUACCAGCCCCCCUACGACGAUGAUGGCACGACGACCUCGGCGGGCACCGUCGACUACGUCGACCCCCUGGCCAACGAGACGAUCUGCAAGCGUGAUAUCCCAUACCUGCAGGAGCUGAACGCCAACGUCGUGCGUGUGUACGACGUCGACCCGGAUGCGGACCACUCGACCUGCAUGAACCUGCUCGCCGACGCGGGCAUCUACGUGCUGGCGGAUCUGUCGUCGGCCGACUACUCGAUCGACAGCACCGACCCCCAGUGGAACCUGGAGCUGUACAACUACUACGCCAGCGUGGUCGACUCGCUGGCCAACUACACCAACACCAUGGGCUUCUUCGCCGGUAACGAGAACUCGGACAGCGCCAACACCACCGGCGCCAGCGCCUACGUCAAGGCCGCCGUGCGUGACAUGAAGGCCUACAUCAAGAGCAAGGACUACCGCAGCAUCGGUGUCGGUUACUCGGCAGCCGAUGUGUCGGAGAUCCGCACCGAUCUGGCCAACUACUUCAACUGCGGUGACUCGGACGAUGCCGUCGACUUCUUCGGGGACAACGUGUACGAGUGGUGCGGUGACUCCAGCUACACCGAGUCCGGCUACGACACCAUCACCGACGAGUUCGCCAACUACUCGGUGCCCUACUUCUUCUCCGAGUACGGCUGCAUCACCGUGCAGCCCCGGUCCUUCAGCAACGUGCCCGUCAUGUACGGUCCCAAGAUGGACUACUGGCUCAGCGGUGGUGUCGUCUAUGAGUACUUCCAGGAUGCCAACGACUACGGUCUGGUCACCAUCUCCGACGGCGCCGUCAGCACCCUGACCGGCUUCUCGUCCUACUCGGAGGAGAUCGCCACGGCCACGCCCACGGGCACCAACAGCGCCAGCUACACCCCGACCAACACCGAGGCCCGGGCCUGCCCCACCGUCGGCGCCUCCUGGGACGCCUCCAGCGUGCUGCCCCCGGCGCCCAACGCCGAGCUGUGCGCCUGCAUGGAGGAGACCCUGGCCUGCGUGGUCAAGACCUCCGUGUCCACCGAGAAGUACGCCGACCUGUACGGCACCGUGUGCGGCUACGGGGUGUGCGGCGGCAUCGAGACCAACGCCACGUCGGGGGAGUACGGCGCGUACAGCAUGUGCGAGACCAAGCAGAUGCUCAACUGGGCCCUGAACGCCUACUACGAGGAGAACAAGGCCGCCGGCGGCACCUCCGCCUGCGACUUUGGCGGCUCGGCCACCAUCACCUCGACCACCUCGCCCACCGGCACCUGCUCGUCCAUGCUCAAGGAGAUCGGCACCGCCGGCACCGGCACCAUCUCCCUGACGGCCGCCGCGGGCACCAGCACCGGUGAUGCCAGCUCCAGCGACAGCACCAGCUCCAGCAGCUCCGAGAGCAGCUCCGCCGGCGUGCCCGGCUACAUGACCUACACCUCCACCCUCGGUCUGGGCCAGCUGGCCGUCUACGUCGCCGUCGGUCUGCUGUCCGGCACCGGUAUGAUCUUCCUGUAAGCGGGGGAUGUACGGGAGUCACCCACCGGAGGGGGUUGGGUGCUUUUGGGGGUAUACAUCUCGAUGGGUUGUGACAGUGUUGUGGUGAUGAUCGGGAGAGAGGGUGCUUUUCUCUCUCUCUCUCUCUCUCUGUCUCUCUCCCUCUCUGUCCCAGGUUUUAAUUUCGGUAGAGCAUACUUUUUUUUUUUUGAACGUUGAUUGAUCAUUUCCCGCUGUGAUGGUUCCAGACGGCUCGCUGUGUAGUAUUUAGGGUAUAGACUGGUUUGUUAGUUCAUGCGAUUCAUUAUGUUGUUCUCUCGUCUCCCGGCCUCUCCCAUU